UUUUAUGUUUUGUGCUGUAGUUGUAGUGGCUACACAAGGACUUCAAUACUGGAGUGCUAGGGAAUCGAACCUAAUAACGGCGAAUGUACUUCACAUUUAUGUUGUGAAUAAAACGAAAACACCACGUGAUAUCGUAAUCAGGCGCACUCGUCACAACACUUAUAAAACUUUUAAACUAAACGAUACGAUUUUAUAAAUAAGGCUCGUCGAUAACCAGCAACAUGUCGCCUUUGAUAGUCUUAUUUCUGCUAAAUAUAAUUGCUUUCUCGUGCAGUGCGGAACCAUGCGUGGUGAGCGACUUCGACGAUGUCGAAAAUGCCACCAAGCAAUGCUCGGACAUCGUGUUUGACAACCUUUACGUUCCGGCUGGUAUCACCUUGAAGCUCAAUUUGACAAAGGGGGCCAGUGUUAAAUUUAAAGGAAACACGACUUUCGGUUUUACGAAUUGGUUGGGGCCGCUGGUUACCAUCAACGGUACAGGUUUGAACGUACAGGGAGAUGAAGGUGCAAUAUUCGACGGCCAGGGCCAACUAUACUGGGACGGAUUGGGUGGUCCCGGCAGUGAAAAACCGCAGUUUUUCACCAUUGAAGCGUUCCAUUCGACAUUCAGCAACAUCAAAGUGAUCAACACACCGAUCGACUGCGUGCAGGUCACGAACGCAAUCAACGUCACCUUGUCCGACUGGAUUAUUGACGAUAGCGCAGGAGAUCCGGGGGUUGCGCCUGAAGGACAGGAAGGAAUUAACACAGACGGAUUUGACGUUUGGAACUCUACCGAUGUUGUCAUUAAAGAUUCCGUGGUAUACAACCAGGACGAUUGUGUAGCCGUCAGAUGCGGUGCCAACGUCUACGUAGCCAAUAUGUACUGCCACGGGACUCACGGUUUGAGCAUUUCGGUGGGCUUCAGCAACACAUCGGUACCACUGAACACCUUAAGCAACGUCACCUUUGCGGAUUCAAUAUUGGUGAAUUCAGACAACGGGAUCCACAUCAAGACUCACCGCGACGGAGGUUACGGAUCCAUUACAAACGUCACCUAUAGGAACAUUACCAUUUCUACUAUACACAAAUACGGUAUCGAGAUACAAGAAAAUUAUCCGGACAUCAAUGGCGAACCCAGGAACAACGUGCCCAUUGUGGACCUCAAGAUGGUGAACAUUACGGGAAGCGUAGAGAAAAAUGCGGUACCCGUAUUUAUCCGCUGUGCAGACGGGGGCUGCGCAGAUUGGAAAUGGUCCGGCGUAGACAUAACCGGCCAAAAGUCCGAUCAGUGUAAUUUCAAUCCGGAAGGAUAUACGUGCUGAUUGUGAAUAAAUAAAGACUUA